CUCGUUGUCGUCCUGGUCAAUAUCAGUGUUCUUCUGGUGAAUGCAUUGAACAACAAAUGAGGUGUGAUGGUCGACAAGAUUGUCGGGACGCUUCAGAUGAGACUGGUUGCCCUCCUCGUUGUCGUCCUGGUCAAUAUCAGUGUUCUUCUGGUGAAUGCAUUGAACAACAAAUGAGGUGUGAUGGUCGACAAGAUUGUCGGGACGCUUCAGAUGAAACUGGUUGCCCUCCUCGUUGUCGUCCUGGUCAAUAUCAGUGUUCUUCUGGUGAAUGCAUUGAACAACAAAUGAGGUGUGAUGGUCGACAAGAUUGUCGGGACGCUUCAGAUGAGACUGGUUGCCGAGAACGAGUAAAUAUUCGUGUAGUGCCAGAUAUCAUUCAUACACAGCCGUACGAAAAAUGGAAGUUUGAAUGCUCUGUGAUAGGUGCAGAUAUAGAACCAAUAGUCAAAUUCCAAGAUGGUAGACUUGUCGAAUCAGAUCCUAACUUUCGAGUUACUCGCAUUGAUCCCAACACUGUCAGCGUUGAAGCGAUUCAUGGCUUAACGGAAAAAAAGGAGCGUCUUAGCUUCAUAUGUACAUUCCCUGGUGGACCAGAGGAGGAGAUAGAUGUUUAUGUUCGACGACGAUGUCCUCAUGGUGAAUUCAUGUGUAAAGAUGGAACAUGUCUUCCAGAAAGGGAUUUUUGUAACGGUCGAGUUGAUUGUCCUGAUGGUUCAGAUGAACGACCUCCAUAUUGUAGGGAAAUUGUACAAGUGGAAGUUAAACCAAGCAUUAUUCAUGUUCAACCGUAUAAACGUUUUGAAUUUGAAUGUAUUUCUUAUGUUCCUGGGAUAAAACCAGAAGCUCGAUUACCUAGUGGUAUACUUGUAAGUCAAGAUCCACGUUUUAAUGUAAUAUACCUUUCACCAAAUCAUCUUCAAGUAAAUGCAAUAUAUGGUUUAACAGAUAGAGAUCAUCCAUUCCAGAUUUAUUGUAUAUUUCCUGGAUUAGAAAAUAGAACUGCUGUAAUAGAAAUUGAAAGACCUUGUCCAAGUGGACAGUUUCAAUGUAUGGAUGGACGAUGUUUACCAUCUAAUGUAUUUUGUGAUGGCAAAUCGGAUUGUUCAGAUAGUUCAGAUGAAAAUGAACGAUACUGUGCUGUAAACAUCAGAGUGACACCAGGUUCGAUUCGUGUAGUCCCAUAUCAACGUUUUCAACUCGAAUGUUCGACGUCAAUCCCAGGCGUAUCUCCUCAAGUAACGUUUGACGAGCGUUCAGUAGAAAGAGAUAAUCGUUUUGUUGUUACUCGUCCAAGUCUUCAAACUAUAGUAGUGACAGCGCCAACUGGUUUAUCAGAAAUUGGUGCACACAGAUUUAAAUGUAUUGUAUCCGUAAAUAUUGUUAAAGAAGUCGAUGUAGAAAUCAUAAGUGAAUGUCCACCUGGGCAAUUAAAAUGUAGAUCUGGUGAAUGCUUGCCAAGUGCAGUAUUUUGUGAUGGGAAGUAUGAUUGCCCAGAUAGAUCAGAUGAAGAUCCAAGAUCAUGUGUUCCUACAAUUAUUAUUACUCCAACAACAAUUUUAACAAGACCACAUGAAUCUUUCCAAUUUGAAUGUAAAUCAGUUAUGCCAGGUGGUGAACCAAAAAUUACACUUGAAGGUUAUCCAGUUGAAAAUGAUCCCAGAUUUACAAUUGUACGUCCAAGCCGUGAACAUGUUAUUGUUCGAGCAGAAAGUGGUAUUGCUGAUCCUGGAAAAUAUUCUUUCACUUGUACCGUAGUAAGUGCAGCUAGUAAGACAAUUGUGGUACAAGUUGAAUCAGUAUGUCCACCUGGUUAUUCUAAGUGUAAAGAUGGAAUGUGUAUCCUGGACAACCAGUUUUGUGAUGGGAUACUUCAUUGUCGAGAUGGCUCAGAUGAAGACAAGUUACGGUGCCCUGAAGUGGCUGUUGAUGUACGAGUUCACUUUACUCCUGGUGAAUUACGAAUUCAACCUGGUCGAGCAUUCCGUUUGGAAUGUGUGACGGAUAAACCGGGCACAUCUCCAGUUUUACAGUUUCUUGAUGGGAGACCAAUAACAAGUGACCCAAGAUUUGUGGUUUCUAGGCCAUCAACUGAACGUGCUAUCAUAGACGUUCCUGGAGGCCUUGAUGCUAGAGACAGACAGAUCAUAAUCGAAUGUGUAUCUCCCAGUGGUGAAAGAAAAACAUCAACCAUCUUCAUCGAACUAGGUUGUCAACCAGGACAAAGACGAUGUCCCAGUGGGCAGUGUAUAUUUGUUGGUCAAUUCUGUGAUGGGAAACCUGAUUGCGAUGAUGGAUUUGAUGAGAAACCUGAAAACUGUGAGUAUUGUGAUCCAAUAACAAAACCAUGCGAAGUUGUGAAUGGUAAACCACCUAAAGAAAAAACCUAUGAACUACAUUGGAGGUGUGAUGGCGAAGAUGAUUGUGGAAAUCGGUUUGAUGAACAAAAUUGUCUAAAUGACACUCGUGUACCAGAUAAAGAGUGUGGUGCUACUCAUUUCAGAUGUGGUACUGAACCAUAUCAGUACAUACCGUUUGCAUACUGGUGUGAUGGAGGUCGUGAUUGUCGAGGUGGUGAAGAUGAAGCUGAUUGUUCCCCACCUACCAUAAUUCAAACUCAACGUCAAGAAACUCAUAGAGUUCGUCCUGGUGGUAGACUGAUUUUAGAAUGUGAAGCAUCCGGUGUUCCACCACCUAUGAUCAUUUGGCGUUUCAAUUGGAGAUGCCUUCGUGAUGAAACACGAAUGAGGACCCAAGCUGUGCCAAGUUCGCUUGGAUGUAAGGGUUCAAAGAGUCGUCUAACAAUCGAAAAUUUCAGGGAAGGUGACGAUGGGAUUUAUAAUUGUGAAGCACUGACAUCGAAAGAAAGAGCUAUGUCCCAGGAUAUAUUUGUUUUUCUAUCUCCUUAGUUAUGUUUUCAUUUUCACGUGAUAUUAUGGAAUAUCAAGUUGAAUGAAUAGUUAUAUUAUCAUUUUAUCAUAUAUUUUUAAAAUUAAUUUAAUUCUUUGUGUCAAAAUAGCAAUGUUCUGAAUUUCAAAAUAGUAUAUCUUUCAAUCAUCUUACAAACAAUGUAUUAAUUUUGACGUUUGAAAAUCUAAUUCCCAAGUUAUACAUUAUUCUGUUAUAUGAAAUUUAAAAUAUAAUGCUUAUUUG